UUCCACCGUUCAAGCGCAAGCCUUGACGCAGCGGCCUGGUGUGGUGAAUUCAUGACCGACGACAUCGAACUCCAGUAUGCCAACAACCCCGUCGUGAAAGGAGCCGACGUGCGAACUAUGUUCGAACAAGUGUUUCCGCAGCUGGACUUGAUGGAACACGAGAUUAUAUACUUUGAUUUCGUCGCACCGCGGAUUUACCAGGCAGCGCGCAUUCGUUACCGUAUUAAAGGCGAUGACGCCACUCAAGAUAUCGAUAUCCCAGGAUUUGGCACGUUUUUCGUGCGUGAGGGUGCAGAUGGGACUCUAAAGUGUUAUCGGUCAGAGGUCUACCUUGAUCCAAGCCCGGUGUUUGCAAGGAUAGCUCAGAAGAGUGCUUAG